AUGGGUCACACCUCAAUCAUUAUCUACAUUCUAGUCUAUGUAGAUGACAUUCUUAUCAUGGGCAGUGAUAUUGACACCCUGGUUGAACAACUCAUUCAUGACUUAAGUUCAACAUUCUCCCUCAAAGAUCUUGGCCUUGUUGACUAUUUUUUGGGCAUUUUGGUUACUAAAACACUAGCUAGUAUCUUGCUUACUCAAACUAAGUAUCUUCGAGAUCUUCUCACCAAAGCUGAUAUGCAGAAUGUGAACACACAAAAUACUUCCAUGAACAGUGGUCUUAAGCUAUCAAACUAUAAAAAUUGGGCAUCUGAUCCAGAUGACAAACGCUCAACCUUAGGCCAUUGCAUCUACCUUGGUCGCAAUCUUGUUGCCUGGAAAUCUCAGAAGCAAGACACCAUCAGCAGUUACUUGGGUCCAGUCUUUGCUUAUGAAUUGCACAUUCCUCAAGCUGUUAUUCCCUCUAUGUGGUGUGACAAUCAAAGCACAGUUCUUCUUGCUGCGAAUCCUGUAAUUCAUGCACGCACAAAGCACAUAGAGAUUGACCUAUACAUUGUUCGAGACAAAGUUCUACAACAGCACAUUCAUGUAUAA